UUAAUAAAUACUUCAUAGUACUAAUGCUGCAAAUUUCAAUUAUGGGACAAGUUUUCUUAGAAAAACUGCUUUUUCUCACCCUCAGGACUGUUUCAUGACAUCUGUUUAUUUGUGAGUAAUCAGAAAUGCAAAUAGCUCUUCAGGAAUCAAGCUAAACUUAAAGAAGACUGGCUUAGAAAUUGGAGAGUAUCAUGGAGUACAAGAUUGAGGGAAAAGAAAACUACCAACAUGGCUUGAAUUUACUGAAUAGAAUUAAGAACAUGAGAGAAUUUGCAGAAAUGAUUGACGUGAUACUCAUAGCAGAAGGGGAGAAAUUUCCUUGCCACAGACUGGUUCUGGCUGCAUUUAGUCCCUAUUUCAAAGCUAUGUUCACCUGCGGACUACUUGAAUGCACUCAGAGGGAAGUCCUACUCCAUGACAUCACAGCAGAAAGCGUGUCGGUGAUACUAAAUUACAUGUACAGUGCAGCUUUAGAGAUCAAUAACACCAAUGUGCAGACUGUUGCUAUGGCUGCCUAUUUUAUGCAGAUGGAAGAAGUAUUUAGUGUAUGCCAAAAAUAUAUGAUGGACCACAUGGAUGCUUCCAACUGUGUAGGAAUCCAUUACUUCGCAAAUCAGAUCGGAGCUGAAGAUUUAUCUGACCAGUCAAAGAAGUACUUAUAUCAGCACUUUGCUGAGGUGAGCUUACAUGAAGAAAUACUAGACAUUGAAGUACACCAGCUCCUGACACUUAUUAAAUCGGAUGAUCUAAAUGUAUCCAGGGAGGAAAACAUUCUGGACUUGGUUCUGAGAUGGGUAAAUCAUAACCAAGAAUUGCGCACAGAGCAUCUUGUUGAACUCUUGAAGCAAGUCAGGCUAGAACUUGUAAAUCCUUGUUUCUUAAGACAGGCCCUAAAAAGGAACACAGUGCUUCUAUGUGACGCAGGCUGCAUUGACAUCAUUCAAAACGCAUUCAAAGCCAUCAAGACACCCCAGCAGCACUCCGCGAAUCUUCGCUAUGGCAUGGAAACCACCAGUCUCCUGCUUUGCAUUGGCAAUAACUCUUCAGGAAUCAGGUCACGACACAGGAACUAUGGGGAUGCCAGUUUCUGUUAUGACCCUGUGUCACACAAGACCUAUUUUAUCUCUUCCCCCAAGUAUGCGGAUGGGUUAGGAAUGGUGUGCACUGGUGUUGUCAUGGAAAAUAACACUGUUGUUGUGGCUGGUGAAGCCAGUGCCUCCAGGCUUUCUAGACAAAAGAACAAGAAUGUGGAAAUCUAUAGGUAUCAUGAUAGAGGAAACCAGUUUUGGGAAAAGCUGUGCACAACUGAAUUUCGGGAGCUGUAUGCUCUGGGCAGUAUUCAGAAUGACCUCUACGUGGUCGGAGGGCAGAUGAAGGUGAAAAGCCAGUACCUUAUUACAAACUGCGUUGAUAAGUACUCCGUGGACCGGGACACCUGGAAAAGAGUAUCUCCCCUGCCCUUCCCGCUGGCGUGCCAUGCGGCCGUGACGGUGAAGGACAAGCUUUACGUGAUUGGAGGCUGGACCCCCCAGAUGGAUCUUCCAGAGGAAGAGCCUGAUAUAUUAAGCAACAAGCUGUUGCGAUAUGACCCCAGCCAGGAUCAAUGGCAAGAGCUGGCACCCAUGCAGUACUCCAAGUACCGGUUCAGCGCAGCCGUGGCCAGCGGCGAGAUCUACGUUCUGGGUGGGAUUGGCUGCCUGGGACGCGACAGGGGCCAGGUUCGGAAAUGCCUCGAUGUGGUGGAGAUCUACAACCCUGAUGGUGACUUCUGGCGAGAGGGCCCCCCCAUGCCAACUCCCCUUCUCUCCCUCCGAACCAAUGCCACCAGCGCGGGAGCAGUGGACGGGAAGCUCUAUGUCUGUGGGGGCUUCCAUGGAGCAGAUCGCCACGAGGUUAUCUCCAAAGAAAUUCUGGAGCUGGACCCUUGGGAAAACCGGUGGAAUGUGGUCGCCGUCAACGCCCUCAUGCACGACAGCUAUGACGUCUGCCUCGUGGCCAGGAUGAACCCCCGCGACCUCAUCCCGCCCCCCUCAGACCUGGUGGAGGGCGGUGAGCACUGAGGAUGGGGCCGCGCGUGCGUGCACAGCGGCUUCUGUGCGGAGCGGCAGUG